GUGUGUGUGUGUGUGUGUGAUUAUGCGUGCUCGACGGCCUUCCUACGUCACCGCUUGGAUGAAGAUCCGUAACAGUGCUUGUUCGCGCCGAAUUCGAGUCACUCACGUCCGACGUCGUCGUCCCUUAACCCUUUUUAGACACUGUCAGGUUCUUCAACACAUCACCAUCGAACCAGAAAUGAUCGGGCGCGAGAUGGGAAUGUGCGACGUGACGCGCCACGAUGUUAGGCGAGCUGAAGAGAAACGAGGCGAGGCGAGGCGAGGCGAAGCACGAAAUCGACGCUCACGCACACCGGGAGACGAAGCUCCGUGCCGGAGCAAUGGUUCGACGACGGCGGGUUCGCAGGAAGCGAAUCGACUGCACUCGCGUGCGACUGUCGACGGCGAUGAACCAACUGAGAAUUCCGACGGGAGCUGUUCUGCGUGCCGAAAGAGCGCGCGUGAGCGAGAGAAACGUAGAAGAGCGUGGCAGCGGCGGGGGAGAGCGAGAGGGAAAGACAGAGAGAAAGAAAGAGAGAGAGAGAGAGAGAGAGAGGUGAGAGAGAGAGAGAGAGAGAGGAAGAGAGAGAGAGAGAUAGGCGCUCGAAGCAACGGAAAGAGGGAGCAGACCACGUGGUCAAACUCUGUGUUUACAAGCCGUGCCGUCCGGGGGUCACGUGGCCAUGUUUUGAUAGGAAGUUGGCCCGCCACGGGUAGAUGUACGCUCUACGUCGUCGCCGUUGACGAUGGCUGCUCGGGCUGCACGUUAUCGCGACGUGAUUCACGUGGCCGAGAGUCCUCUCCUUCUUCCGUACGGUCGGCGACGGGAUUUUCGGUAGAGACCGCCGACAGCGCGAGACCGACAAUGGCGAUGAUGACCUUUGGUGCUCUCGUUGCCCUUGGAAGACCGUUCCCCCUGAUAUCUCUCAUCGAUAUCCCCUCGAAUCCUCCACGCGCUGUCGCUCCGCGCGCGCGAGUACUCCUCUCGCGAUCUUGCGCAGUCUCUCCUUGACUUUUGCAAAUUUCUGCAAACGUGCGAAUGACGUGCGUAAGCUGUCGUUCGGUUGAGUGAUAAUUCCCCUCGAUUGAAGAGUGCGACAGAUUUGCGAGCGCGCGAAUGCUAUUUUGCCAAGCUCGCGCUUGGUGACGAAACCUCGCGAGAAACGACGUGAGAUUUUCUCUCGCACGUAUCGUCUGAGGAAAGAAUACCUAUCCACUACGUAGAACUUGCCGGCAAGG